CUGUUUGAGGAGGCGUUGUCCCCGGUAGGACUCAGCAGUCGCUGUGCUUCACAGAGUAAGCCGGUUGUCACGUUCUACGGUGACAUUGAAUCGGAAAGAAGCCGGCUUCGUGGAGCGAGGCUUUAGUUAUCCUGUGACGCAUUAUCUGCCAACCACUUUAUGAUACAUUUUAAACAUUAGGCUUGCUCUAAUAUAUUUUGAUACAUUUACUUUUUUUUCAAAUUUACCUGGGCUUUCAAGCACAAUGAUCAAGAACGGUCACCACACUAUCAGUGCUGAGAAAGAAGGGAGAAAGAUGGGUCAUGGGCUUUGUAGCCCCGAGAAAAGGAAACGUGUUGUCCGUGUUUGGUGUGACGGUUGCUAUGACAUGGUUCAUUAUGGUCACUCCAACCAGCUCCGGCAGGCACGGGCCAUGGGUGACUACCUUAUAGUUGGAGUUCACACAGACGAGGAAAUUUCGAAGCACAAAGGCCCCCCUGUCUUUACACAAGAAGAGAGAUACAAGAUGGUACGUGCAAUUAAAUGGGUCAAUGAAAUAGUAGAAGGUGCACCAUAUGUUACAACCUUGGAGACCUUGGACAAGUACAGCUGUGAUUUCUGCGUUCAUGGAGACGACAUUACUUUGACUGUUGAUGGAAAGGACACAUAUGAAGAAGUUAAGAAGGCUGGUCGUUACAGGGAGUGUAAGCGUACUCAAGGUGUUUCCACCACCGAUCUUGUUGGCAGAAUGCUUCUGAUGACCAAGGCUCACCACAGCAACAUUGACAAUAGUUCAGAUUAUCAGCAACACACAGAUAACUUUGGAAAGGGUCCAAAAGGUCAUAGCCCCUGGACUGGAGUCUCCCAAUUCUUGCAGACAUCUCAGAAAAUAAUACAGUUUGCUUCGGGAAAGGAGCCUCAGCCUGGAGACACCAUUAUUUAUGUGGCUGGAGCUUUUGAUCUGUUCCAUAUUGGUCAUGUUGAUUUCCUGGAAAAUGUUUCUAAGCUUUCUGAAAGACCCUACGUUAUUGUUGGCCUUCAUUUUGAUCAGGAAGUGAAUCGUUACAAAGGAAAGAACUAUCCUAUUAUGAAUAUCCAUGAGCGGACACUUAGUGUGCUGGCUUGCAGGUAUGUAUCUGAAGUUGUCAUUGGAGCACCUUAUGCAGUUACUUCUGAUCUACUUGACCACUUUAAGAUUGACCUAGUUUGCCAUGGAAGAACUGAAGUUAUUCCCGAUAAAGAUAAUUCAGAUCCAUAUGAGGAGCCAAAAAAAAGGGGUAUCUUCCGAAAUGUGAACAGCGGAAACAGCUUAACAACAGAUGAUAUUGUGCAGAGAAUAAUCAAAAACAGGUUGCAGUUUGAAGCUCGAAACCAAAAGAAGGAAGCUAAAGAAAUGGCUGUGAUUCAGGCCAUGAAAAAAUAUGAAGAGAAAGAGUUGAAGCUGCAAGACAGGAGAAAUGUGGUGAAUGAAGAACAAGAAAAUUAAAUAAGCUUAAAACUGAACAAAUACUGAAAGCAGGCUGUUCCCUGCAAAUAUUUUGGUUUCUUCUUUUUACCUAUGUGGCAUUUUACAACUUUUCAUCCUGGUUAAACCGAAAAUCUUGCACUUGUUUGCAUAAACUUAUUGUUGAAAGCACAUUCUCUCCUCAAGAAGGAUUGAUUUAAAGCCAUGUGUUUGAAAAUUCAGCACAUAUGUGUUGACCUUGUAUCACUCCAGAACUAGGCUUCUUAAAUUUUCCAGGGAUACUUGUGUCAAGUGGCUUUCAUUCCAUCCCAUUUCAUAAGAGGAGACAAAUUUCUGCCUGUAGUGGUACUUCAUUUUAAAUCAGUCAGUUGUUUGCUACUCUCUUUCUGGAGAGUCGUUAUGGAAAUAACAUUUAAAAUGAAAAUGACAAAGGUGUUGUUUUCUAUCCAAUAGUACAGGAACCAAAUUCAUUUUCUAUUGAAUGAUUAUUUCCUUUUUUGGUAUUUGCUUCCUAAUUAUUAAGUAGUUUCCUCUAAAAGUCACAAGUAAUUUUUUCCAAAGGAAACACUAGGCAUCGUGUGCUGUUAAAUUACAUUUAAACAAAUGAGAUCGUAAUCCUUGAUAAAUGAGUUCUACAAAGCAGUUUUAUUUUUGUUAUGUACACCAUGAAAACAUUUUAGAAGUUCCUUUGUAAUUUGAAAGAAACCCCACUGAAGAUUGAUACAAAAAUGGCAAUUCAAAAAAAUAAUACUGUGUAUAAUUUAACAAGGACUUUAAUUAAGGCAGAAUGGCAUCUCUUUGUGUAAGGAUCUGCACCAUUACUGCCAGUAGGGAUCCUACUCUUUUGGACCCUUGAGCCAGGCCCUUAACCUGAAAAUUGCGCCAAGGGCACUAUACAAUGGUUGACCCUGCACUCUGACUCCCAAAGGUCAUGCAAAAUAAAAUUUCCCCUUGGGGAUUAACGAAGUAUAUCACAAAGUAGGUACUGUGUUCACGUGGGUGUCCCCUGGUACUAAGUUUGAAACGACUUAUUUCCUUUGCAUUGUAAGGGCCAGAAUAUACUUGAUGUUACGCAGCUUGAACACUUGUGGACACUGCUUCCACGCAAGCAGUGUACUGACAAAACUUGUGCACGUGCAUUAUGUAAUUCUGGAAGAUUCCACCUGGUGGCAGAGUGAGAAAUUAUCGCUGUGAGAAAACAACAUCUGGUUUCACUGUGUUGUGAGUUGAGAGACCACAGAUGUUGAAGAUAAAAAUUUUUUGCAUUCUGAUGCUGUUGCAAAGGUGCAAAAAAAGAUAGCAACAGUGACACAGAAGAUGGUAUUUGAAACCUUUAAAUAUAUUGUGCCAUUACGAUGGGGAAUUUGAAAAGCUUGGAUUACCUAUGUGAGAAAUGGAUGAAGAAACAUACCAUGAGUACUUCUCUAUGUCAGCAUUUAAGUUUGAUGAUUUGCUUCAACACAUGAAACUGUUCAAACAUUGAAGCACGCACAUUGAGUCAUGUUGAUGGUGAGCAACGAUGCUGAUGUCAUGUACCAAAACUUAAAAACACUGCCACACAAAUUUUAAUUGGAACUGCAAGUUGCACACAAGUCGCGUUAAUUUCUGACGAUGUGCUCAGAGAACACUUCAAAAAAGUGUUACAAACGCGUGGCAGCCAUGAUGCGUCUGUGGAAGCUUUCCGAGUGUCAAGUAUAUCCCAGGUAAAAACAUGUUUUAUAGAAACUGCUGCUUUCUUUAGCACAAUUGCACAGUGACUAGCUCUGUAGUCUCGGAGCUUCAAUGGUUUUAAAUUCUUGCUCGGUCACACUGUUUCAUUCCAGCUACUCAGUUUUUCCACUAACAUCCCAACCACAUGCAGGUUAGGGUUAAUUGAUUACUCUAAACUGGCCUGGUUUGAGUGAGGGCAGAUGUAUGCAAGAGUAAGAUGAGCAUCCUGUGCAGACUUCGCAUUCUUUGUUGUCAAUGUAGUCCUUGGAGUAACCCUGAAUUUAGGUAAAAUGGAUCCAGAACAUUGAUGGGUUGAAUUGAUACUUGUGAUAUAAUUCACACUCACUGCUGGACCUGCUUUUUGUCCAGUGUAGUGACUGAAUCUGUAAUCAAGCCCAAGAAUCUUAACACUGUACGGGCACCAACUCCUGCUGUUAUGCCUUCCUGCAUCUGUAAGUAACAUCAAUUAGAAAGGAGUAAGGUACUAAGUGCAACUUGUUGUAUGAUUAUAUACAGCAGUGGUCUUUACCUGAUUGGUAUUAUAAAAAGAUUUGCUUUGCCCUCAGGCCUCUGAAUGUUUGAUAAUGCUAUAAAACACUACAGUGAUUGUGAGAAGUUCAUACAUUUGUAGCUUUGGUUGAUGGUAGAUUCUACUUAAUAUUGAAGUGUUUAAGCCUGUAUCUAUAAAACCAUAAAGAUUCUGCAUUUCUGCAUUUAAUUUUGGUUUGCUUUUUAAAUCAAAGGUUAUUUGCUAAUCCAUUCUAGAUUUUACUUAUUUAUAAGACCUUAUUUUUUUUACAUUAAGUUAUAACGUUCUAUGUAAAUGUGUAGUAAUUUUAAUGGUAUUUUCCUGAGGAGAUACUUCUGUAGUCUGUGGCAAAUGCCCAAAGGUUGCUGAGUCAUUGUGUGAAGCCUGGAAUAUUUUGGAAUGUUCUGCUGAUCAACAUGAUAUAAGUUUUGAAAUUUAAGAUUUGUUCAGAAUUAUUCAUUAUAUAGAAAGAAAAAUGCUGUAAUGUUAACAAUGCAAAAUUAAGAAAGAAUGUCUUAAUGGUGUUAUAUUUGGGCAGGCUGUUCUCAGGCUGCAGCAUGUAUAAUCCAAAUUUCACAAAAUAUAAUGCAAUUUAUAAUAGAUUGUUUAACCCUACAGAUGUCAGGAAAGCUGCGUUAACAUCAAUUUAUGUUACUGCACCCCAGCACGUCCUUGUGUCCUCUUGGACUGCAGGUAACCUCUUUGUGAACGUAGUCACUUACAAAUGUUUGCAUUGGUAGCUAAUGGAAUGUUAAGUACUUAUCAAACACUAUUAGUCAUCAGUUUAAUUUCCUUGGAUAUCAUCAAAAUAUGCACCAUAGUACCCUUAUGUUUUUUAAAGAGCCUGAAAUUUUAACUUAUUUAUUUUUGUUUUGUAAAUUGUAACUGUUUAAUUUUUAAAUAAUAAGUGAAUUGCUAGGAACUAUCUAAGUAUAUGUACAUUUCUGGCACUUUUUUCUGAAUAAAACAUCUUUAUGUCAUAACAAAAUGCAUAAUUUAAAGCUUUUAAAGUAUACAGUUGAAUGUACAGUAUAUAAAAUAUAUUUGAAUAAAAUCUAAAAACUAUUAUACAGUAAUUUCUGCUUAUUAUUUUUGGAGUUAUUUAACAUUUGGCUGUGAGGCUUGUUCCUGAUCAGCUUAACUGUCUCUUGGUCUUAAUAUCAUAGCAAAUACAUGACCAACUGAGAGGUGAAACACUAUUUGUAAAGAAUUAAGACUGUCCCUAAAAUAAAUAGGACAGAAUAAAAUAUGUUAACUUUUGUAGCAUUUUUAUUAUGUAUUAAAUAUUGUUUACUUUUGAAAUGUGCGAUAACAACUGACUAUUUGUUGGAAAUUUCUGCAUGAAAGUAUUUCUGCAUUAGUGUGCAGCUUGUGGGUUCUAAUGUGCUGCACUGAAGUAAAACCCAAAAGUCACAACGCAUUUCGAAAAAUGUGAGACCCCCAAUUUAUGGAACUUAAUUUAUUAUUGCCUAGUAUUUAGCAUAGGCCAGCUUUGGGUGGUUAUAGUUUGGUAGAAUUAGCCCAGUUGAUAUAUGUACAGUGUGUAUGUCAAACUUAAGUUAAAUGUAAAGGUGUGGCUCACUAGCUGGUCUUGUCGCAUUAGAGAGUUUAGCUGUUAUGCCCGAAAUACAUUGAAAAUAACUCGGAAGCUGGCAAAACCAGAGAGCCUGCAUUUUUGGUUUAUUCAGAUAACAAGUAGAGACAAAUGCCACUUGUUUUACUUUCAGUUAGUGUUGCUGCACCUGCCCCCUUGGACAGGAAAUGUUCUUAGCAGCCAUUGCAACGGACGGUAUAGCAGUUUGUAUUCCUGAAUGCUUGCUAACACCAUGAUUCUUUUGUUGAUGUGUGUUUGGGACCAUGUAUUUCUAAAGGGGGUGAGGGGGCAAGAAAACUCAUUAAUUCCUAGAUCUGCACUAUCUGUUGUACAUCUGCUUUGCUGGUAAGAUAUGAUGUGAGCACAGACAUACUGUCUCAUUUUUAUUGAACAUGCUUAUUGUGGGUUUGGUUCUGUCUAGUUUUCUGAAUUUGACAAUACUGUACAUAAAAGUUAAAUAUGACUAACAAAUUGUUGGUCAUGUUCUUGUUAUGUCAUAACCUGACUUGAUAAAACAAAAAUAAAAAAAAUGUGAUUGGCCUGUUAAUCUUUG